GUUGGCAGUAGUAGUAUCUCGCACUCACACCUCACUCCAACUACUACUCUGUUCCCCGAGGGCGCACCGAAGGAAACCCUAGCCGCUGCUCCCCGAAGCCAUGGCGGAGGCGGCGGGGGGCCAGCCGGAGUUCGUGGAGGUGCGGUGCGCGGGGUGCGGGGAGACGCUGGAGGUGGAGCCGGGCCUCACCGAGUUCGCCUGCCCGGACUGCGGGACCCACCAGGCGCUCCCGCCCGAGCUCAUGCCUCCGCCGCCGCCGCGCCCGCGGCGGGCUCUGCCCAUCCCCGGACGGGGGCCUCCUCCCGCCGCGGUGUUGCACGCUCCCGUGCCGGUCCCCGUGCAGGUUCCCGCGCCCGCGCGCAUGCCGUGCGGUGGCUGCUGCGCUCUGCUGAGUGUGCCGGCGGGGCUCGUGCGCUUCGCCUGCCCGGUCUGCGCCGCCGAGCUCGUCGUCGACGGCGGGCGCCUCCGCCUCUACUUCGCUUCCCCUGCCGCCCCCACGGUCUCCGUCGUGGCGCCGCCCCCAGCUGGCGUCACGCUCACGGCGUCUUCCCUGCGCCAUCGGCCGGAGCAGUCACAAAUAGAAAGACACCAUCCAAUUCGUUCAGAGCAGAUACCAGCACAAUGCUCCAUUCGUUCAGUUCCAAGAGAGGAGACAUUCAGUUCUUUCAGAAACGACUCCCCAGCAGCAGUCCAACACACAUUGGCACGAAAGGAGCCUGUUAACCAUUCAAUUCAUAGGGGGGAAUCAUGCAAUGAGACACUUGAUAAAACCACUGCAAGGUCUAGUUCAAGGAAGGCUAGAUUGCAGGCAGGUGUUGAAUCUAUAUAUAUUGAAAAACUACAACCAGAGCGUCCUAUUCAGGAAAGCACACCACAGGCACAAGCUUGCCCUCCGAGUAAUUCAGUUCGUGGGGACCACGCACAAGGGCAGCAACCUCUUGUUGACAUUUCAAGUCGUGAACAGCGGGCAAAAAAUGUCUCAAGUACUAUGGAGCGGGAAAAAGCAGAGCCCCUCAAUCAAGCUAGUGAACUGAAAAAAGCACAAGCUGGUAAGACGAUUGGAUGCCCGAAGAGAAAAAGGAGCAGCAAGAAUGCUGGUGAGAAUAAGAGGAAAAAUAAGGGCUUUCCGAGUUCUCCAAAUGAAGGACUCUAUCUUAGGCGUAGCAAGCGCUUGACGAAACAACCAGAACAACCAAUAAAUGAUGAUCCAGUCCAGCAGCCAGCUGCUUCUCCAAACCAAUAUAAUUCUGAUCCUCCAGACAUUGACCGACUCAUUGCCAAUUUGUGUCCCAGUCCAUCACCUCAGUGCCAAAUGCCUCAAGCAUGCUCAAGUGAGUCAGGCAAUGCUGAUGCAUCUGUUUUACCAGCAUCUUCAAAUCGUGAGAUGCCUCAAGCCGAGCAAUCCCCGCACCGCUACAAUCAACUGUGCCCUCCAGAGGUCAGGGGUACACACCAGCUUGAUAAAAGUGGUGAGCAGGUGCAGCCACAGUCACCAGAGCAGGUUACGCAUGCGCAACAGCAGGACGCAUAUAGCUAUCAUCCCGUAUUAAGAAAAUAUAGUCGUAAAUCAUCAGGUAGGGGCAGGGGACGCCGUCCUAGAGGACUGAUUGAACCACGCAGGGAAUAUGACAGGCCUGUCUUGACACCAAAUAAUAUCGAUAACUGGGAUGUCAACCCACUUUGUCCCAAGGUGUCCUCUACCAUCACUGCUCUUUUGAAGCAGAAGUACCCUGGAUCAACCUAUUUGCCGGUUGGUGAGCAUGGUGAUGUUCCAGCUAAUGAGGAAUUGGUUUACCGCUGGAAACAUUAUCCUGCAGAGACGAGGGCUGCUAUUUUGAAUGAAUUUCUUCAAAGGUACAAGUGGGCCCCUGGCCGUGAGGCCGAGUGCCUGAAGAUAUUUCAGCGCAGAGCAGUAAAACAGUUUACUGGCCUCCUGUGCGAAGAGAAGCGAAGGGUUAGAGCAGAAUUGGCUGCAGUACAAAAAGCCAAAAAAGCUUCAGGUUCUCGUAGCUCCAAUAGUCAUGCAGAGUCAGAGGAGGAAGAUGCUACAGAAGAGCCAAAGGACAAUCAGACAGAAAAGGUAAAUGAGGACGAGGACCCUUUACUGUGGAAACCCUUCCCCCCUGCAUGGAUGCAUCCGAAUUGGUGGGAGAGAUUGUGUGAAUAUUGGGCCAAAGAAGAAGUCUUGCAGAUGUCUCUGAAGUAUAGGAAGAAUCGGUUUGUUGGAGGUCGUGCUCAUCACACAUCAGGUUCUCGGAGCUUUGCCAUGCAACGGCAGCUUAUGGUCAUAGAGAAUGGUGGGAAGCCAGUGUCAGAACUUGAGAUAUUCAACAAGACCCAUAAGUUUAAUGGUGGCACAGGAGAAUUUGUCAGUGAGAAAGCGAAACGGAUUGUGGAGGGUUUCAAGAAGCGAAUGGAGGAGGCUGGUGAUAAACCUGCAGAUCCCGAUGCUGCAUGGAUACAGCAGGUGGGGGGCCGGAACCGUGGGAGGUACUAUGGACUCACUGGCACCAUCGACAAGGCCAAAAUCGCGGAGAUAGCAAAGUCCAUCCCUGGUAAAAGGGGUCAGCAGAAGUUCUCGCAGGAGGAGGUCCAACAGAUGAUCAAUCAUGCUCUGCAAGGUUUAAAUCAAUCCUGGGAGGAGAAGUUUAAAUCCCUGGAGCAAAGUGUGCGUGGUGCGCCAUUGUUAGGUGUUGAUCAUGAGGUACACAUAAAAACUACUUCCUCCGUUUCACAAUCAUGCCCCUGGGUCUUCGGCAGCUGGAGGAGAUGUUCAACAGGACCAGUCAAAACAUCAGGACGAAUCAGACAAACAGCAUGUUGAAAGGCGUCAAUCUGCGAGACACCACGACGACGAUGACGACGACGAUGACGAAGAUUAUGAGGUUGAGGAGGAGGAAGUGGUGUCUACAAGCGAUUGAUCUGCCUCGCCGCGUAGAAUUUUGGCCAUGUAAUAUAUAAACCUGCGUCUAAUGCUGUUUCCCUGUCCCUGGUCUUUUGGAGAGAUGCUGAAAUGCACUGCCAGCAGUGGUAUUUCCCGCUGCUACGCUGACUCCGAUCGAUAGUGAAACUCAUCUCUUGGCUCUUGACCCAGAUGGCCAGAAUAGCUUCAUCUCUUCACGUUUUGUUUAUUACUCUCUUUGUUCCAAAAUUAGAAACCUAAUACCGGAUUAGACAUUUCAUACCACGAUGAAUCUGGUAAAUAUCUCUAUCCGGAUUCGUAAUGCUAUAAAAUGUCUAAUCCAGUACUAGAUUCUUACAUUUUAAGAUGAAAGGAGUAUCUAUCUUCUCUGUUCA